GGUUGGGCCAUUAUAAAGAGUCGGAAUAGGGGUGGCAACGUUGAAAGCGGCGUUGCGUAAAGUUAUGAACUACUAUCUAGACCGGCAGAGACAGCAGAGGAGUAGGAUUGUGUUUUUGCCAUAGACUAUACCGCUGAGAGAGGAACUGAUAAACGCUGAGCUGAUUUAUUGUUUAUAAGGGAAAAAGGACCCAGACUGCUAAUGGCCCCGCGAGGGGAGACCACUGGAUAUGCCCCCAUGGCCAAACUUACCUUCGGCUUCUUCUCCUUCUUGUUGGUGGUCUCCACUACCAAUGGGCUGCCGUUACCCCCCGAGAUGUAUUACCAGGCUGGAAAUAUCCGAUGUCUGCGAUGCCCUGCAGGGACGUAUGUGGGAGUGCCAUGCACAACGCAGGACACUGUGGGGAAAUGCUUUCCCUGCCACACAGGUUCUUCAUUUAGUGAAGGUUUCACUGGCCUGGACCACUGUCUCAACUGUUUGAGUUGUCGUGAUGAUCAGGAGGAGGUGAGACCCUGCACAGCCACUCAGAAUGCUGAAUGCCGUUGCAAGAAAGGGACGUACUGCCCCUUGGAUCACCCGUGCGAAGUGUGUCUCACGUGUACCGAAAGCUGCCCCCCAGGCCAGGAACUCCAGUUCCCGUGCAACUCCACUUCGGAUAGUCACUGCGGACCUGCUCAAAGUGGAUCGUGGAUAAUCAUGGUGUGUGUCCCAAUUCUACUCAUUCUACUGCUUCUGAUUGGAUUAUGUCUGUGUAAACAUCUAAAGUGGUGUAAAGAUAGGCGCUCUCGAGUUCAGAUGUCCAUUUCUUUAUGUGUCUCCAAGAUGACUGAAAACCCAGACACAGAAGGAAUUCCCCUUAUAUAUCCGUGUUUGGUCUUCUCGGCAGAAACAAAGAAAGAAGAUCAAGAAGCAAUAUUCCGCCGAUCUUGGGACCACUUUGUUGAAGAGGUGCCGAUGCCAAAAUGGGACCAAUUCAUGCGAAUGUUGUGCCUCUCUCCCAACUCGGUGAAUGAAGCCAAGGAAAACAACAGAGACAACUCCAGAGAGCAGAAGAUUGCCAUGCUCGAUGCCUGGUACCAGCAGAAAUCCGGAAAUGUCAAUGAGCUGCUGUCUUAUCUGCACUCCAUUCGAUUGCACACCCCAGCCACAAUCAUCGUCCAAAAACUUUUACAGGAAGGAUACUAUGUAGACACAAAUUAAGAGACUAUUUAUGCACGUAAUAUAUUUAAUUUUGUAAUAAAAUUGAAAACCAGUACCCAAAAAAAA